AUGCUGCUCGACGAAUCUUUCGUAUGGACGAGAAACGCUGAGAUAGCAUACAGGGAGAUCAAAAAUAUUUUGAUUUCGCCGCAAGUUCUCAUACCGUAUGACCCUUCACUCCCUCUACUGUUGGCAAUCGAUGCUAGCAAAACAGGAUUAGGUGCAGUCCUAUCACAUCGAUUAAGUAACAGAGAAGAACGACCAAUUGCUUAUGCCAGCCGUACGAUGAGCAGUACAGAACAACGCUACCCUCAAAUUGACAAGGAAGCGUUAGCAAUAGUUUGUCGUAUGGCAAAUUACGCUGAUUACCUCGCACACUUUAAUUAUAAUGUAAUGUUUAAGCCAACAAAACUAAAUGCUAAUGCGGAUUACUGCUUUCGCACACCCCUGUCAACAACAGAAGAGAUGCAUUGUGUUACGGCGAGGAAGGAGAAAGAAAGGAUACAUGAUGAGUUUGACGAAUUCAUUUUCUGCCAGUUGAGACAACUACCAGUUCGCGCCGAAUAUAUUGCUCGAGAAACACGAAAAGAUCCACACUUAGGAAAGAUAGUUCAACUACUGGAAACGGGUCAGAAUCUAAUCCAUUUAAAUUACAAAGCCCCGGAAGUCAACUAUACAUUGGCUGCUAAUUGUUUGAUGUUCGAGCAUCGAAUAGUAGUACCAGCUUCACUCCGGCAACCAAUCCUCGACGAUCUACAUGCAGCGCAUGCACAUGCCCCACAAAAAUUUCGUAACCAUCAUUGGGAGUACCCCAAGGGACCAUGGGAGCGAGUACAUAUCGACUACGCAGGCCCCGUAGCAGGCAUGAUGCUAUUGGUUAUAGUUGAUGCCUAUAGCAAGUGGAUUGAAGUAAAAAUAACCAAUUCAACAACUACUUCAUCAACGAUUGCUAUCCUGGAUAAAUUGUUUGCGGCCCAUGGAGUUCCGGUCAUCAUUGUUUCGGAUAACGGCCCGCAAUUCACAGCUGCUGAAUUCAAGACAUUCUUACAAACUACCGGCGUUAAGUUCCAUAAACUAACGGCACCAUAUUACCCAGCAACGAACGGCCAAGCCGAGCGAUACGUCCAAACAGUCAAGGACGCACUUAAUGCUAUGUCUACAACACGAAGUUCACUCCAGCGAAAUGUAAAUGAGUUUCUCCGUCAGUAUCGAAAGGCUCCGCAUUCAACUACAGGUCAGCCGGCCUCAUUACUUUUCCUAGGACGGAAUAUUCGCACGAGAAUCGAUCUUGUCCGGCCUGAUGUUAUGCAAUCCAAAAUCAGAGAAAAACAACAAGUUAAAUUUAAUGCAUCGUUUCGCAAUUUUGAUCCAGAGCAAGCAGCCUAUUUUCUUUCUGGUAACCCACAUAUGGAAAAGUGGAUAGCAGGAAGAAUUGUCACUCGAUUGGGGGAUCUGCACUACGAAAUUGAUCAGCAGGGUAAACGUGUCAAGCGCCACAUAGACCAGAUACGAACACAUCUUGAAAAUACCGGAGUCUUGGAAUCUGAUAACGCUGAACGAGACGAGAAAGAAGCACUUAUUUACGACAGCUCCGUGAACCCCAAAUCAGUCAGGGAUAUUUGCAGCAUCAACUCCAAUGCAACCGAGAAGACCAGCAACACCAAGGGAAACUCCUGA